CAAAAUUUUGCACCAGUGUACCUGCGACUGGCAGCGAGAACCACAGAUAAUAUAGCGAGAACGAAUCUUCGAAAGGCGCGAGUGACCCAUGAGUCCUACUAACUCGAUAAGUGCGAAAAUGAGUCUAAGAAGUGCAGAAGGGGUUAUGUUGUCGCUUCGUCAUCGCCAACCUGUCGAUUACUUCGGAGGGGAAGACUCAAAUGAGGAAGAUUCCGUUGAAGAGGAGAAGCACCACACGUCGGAAGAAGAGUGCAACGAUUUCUGCGACAGCUACGACGAUGAAGCUGACUCCGAUGAAGAAGCCGAAUCAGAGCAGCCUGCUGACGAGUCUACACUACCUGGCCGCAGGAGGACCUUUGUUCAUGGGAAGAAUGGUUACAAGUGGUCUACUAAACCUGCUAAAACUCGAGGACGACCUUCUACGCCGACACAACACUUACCAGGUCCCAUCAAAGAGGCAUUGAACGCCCGAAAGCCUAUUGAUGUAUGGAGUUUACUUUUCACUGACGAAAUGCUCGAGAAUAUUGUGCUCCACACUAAUGAAGAAAUUCAACGUCGCACUGACAAUCUGGUACCGUGUACUUAUAAUGGAAAAUUAGACUUGGUCGAAUUGAAAGCUUUUAUAGGUGUACUAUAUUUUGCGGGGGUUCGUAAACAAAAUAAGGUGACUCUGGACGAAAUGUGGUCUUUGGAAUUCGGUAGCAAUUUUUACAUGAGUGUCAUGUCAGCUAAACGUUUUGAAUUCAUCGGAAAAGUGUUGAGAUUCAAUGAUAAAGAAACCCGCAAUGAAAGAAAGGCAACUGACAGGCUAGCCCCGAUAAGAGAUUUGUGGGAGACUUUCAUCUCCAAAUGUCGCGAUUAUUAUACUCCGUCGAACAAUGUGACUAUUGACGAACAAUUGCUAGAGUUUCGCGGGAAUUUUGGCGCGAGAGUGUAUAUCAAGAGUAAACCAGCUCGUUAUGGUCUAAAAAUCAUUAGCAUGAAUGACGCUAAGACUCAUUACAUGUAUAACGCCAUUCCAUAUACUGGUCAAGUAACUUCUGAUAGAAAUGAACUAUUACCCGAGUAUUACGUUCGCGUUUUAUGUGAGCCAAUUUAUCAUACGAACCGUACCGUAACCUUCGAUAAUUGGUUUACCACCAUCAGAAUUUGUGCGAAAAUGCGCUCCGAGUUCGGACUUAAUACCAUAGGGACAAUCCGAAAAAAUAAACCUCAAAUUCCUCCAUCAUAUGUAAGACCAGCGUCGAUCGGACUUGCACGUUAUGCAUAUAACAGGGACGAAAAUAUUACCCUCGUAUCAUUUUGCCCGAAAAAAAAUAAAGUCGUUCUUCUCGUGUCAACUUUGCAUAACAAAGGUGUAGCUGGCGAAUCUGGUAAGCCAGAAAUUAUGGAAUAUUAUAACAAGACCAAAGGCGGAGUGGGCACCUUCGAUCAAAUGAUAACGUUGAAAAGUUGUGCCAGAAAAACAAACCGAUGGCCGAUGCGAUUCUUCUUCGGCAUGUUAGAUCAGGCCGGCGUAAAUUCCGCAAUUUUGUACAAUUUUCUUCAACACCACGAUGGCUUAAGCAGGUCAGAUUUCUUAAACGCACUGUGUAUCGCUCUCGUUUGGCAGCACUUACAGCGCCGUGCUACCCUCUCGGCACUUCAUAAACAUGUGAAAUCCAAUAUUUUGUGUAUAUUGGGUAAAAGGAAUGAGCCUGUCGAAAAUAGCGACAGAAUGCCAAAAAGAAAAAGGUGUCACUUCUGCCCAACCAAAACAGACAGGAAAACGUUCUUCUGCUGUUAUAAAUGCAAAGAACCGGUUUGUGACGAUCAUCGACUUGCGUGCUGUCCAGAAUGCUUGUAAAAUUUCAAAUGAUGUAACAUUAUGUUAUUAAUUACCUAUGUAAUUUUAUGUUAAUUUCAUAUAAAUGCCAAUACUUGACAACU